AUGGAAGAUGAAAUGAAACAAUUAAAGUCCCUGUUGCGGUCUCUAGUGGUAUCGAGCCCAACACAAAUGGAUGUGCGUAGUUUGCUACGUGACUACCGCAACAUGGUUGGCGAGCCUGUUCCAAUCACUAAGUUUGGUCAUAAGGACCCAGUCGCAUUUUUAAGAGAACGUUGCAACGAUUCCUUUCUGUUUACAGGUCCGCCAUCAAAUCCAGUACUCACUCUGAUUGUACCAGAGACAUUAAAACACAUUGAUCAGUUUGUACAGAGACAAAAAGUACCAUCCACUUCGAAAUUUAAAUCAAAAAGAAGAAGUGUGCCAGAAGCUACAAUAGCCAGACCAACAAAGAAUAAUGUAUUUGAAUCAUUCGGGUCGAGAUCCACCCCCGCGCCCGCGCCCGCGCCCGCGCCCGCGCCCGCGCCUGCGCAGCAGUCGGGGCCGCGCGCGCGCCCCUCGCGGGACAGCACGGAACCUGCCGCCAGUCCCAACACUACGGUGACCAGUAAUGACGUCCAGAAUUUCUUGAAGAAGCGCAUACCGCUAUACAACGACCUACAUACUAUUGAAGACGUUAAAGAUGGAGCAGUAUCACUCGCCCUCGACAAUGAUGAACUAGAUUCUGGGAGACAUACUUCGUCUAGUAGCGCCAGUACGAAGGCUCGUCAGUUCGAGGAGCUAAAGUCCGAGAUAAUGGAGCUGAUCUCUUCGGCGCCCGGCGGCGUCUGGUGCACGGACCUCAUCCGACUCUACAGGGAGCGCUUCGAGCGCGAGCUGAACUUCAAGCGGUUCGGGUACAACAGCAUCCUCAGCGUGGCGUGCGCGCUGGAGCCCGCCCUCAGCAUCGCGCGCCCCGACCCCACCGGCGACUGGCUGCUGGCGUCGCCCGCCGCGCCCGCGCCCGCGCCCGCGCCCGCGCCCGCGCCCCGCCCGCGCCCGCAGCCGCGCGCGCCCGCGCCCGACCCCGACGACGCCUUGCCGGGCAUCGACUUUGACCCGGACGUGUUCCCGGAGGACUGCAUGAGCUACUCGGAGAGCAUCCCGGCGCUGUCGCUGCACGACUGCGUGCCCGGCGCCAUGCUCGAGGUCAUCGUCGGCGAGGUCUACUCGCCCUCGCACUUCUGGCUCAUCCGUCUCGGCCAGCACUACAACAUCGCCAUGGAGGACAUGAUGGACGACAUGAAGCGCUACUACAACGGCGCGGGCGCGGCGCGGGCGCUGGCGCGGGGCGCCGUGCGCGUCGGCCACUACUGCAGCUCGCUCUACGAGAACGACUGGCAUCGCUCGCUCAUCGUCAAGAUCCUCGACAGCGACACCGUCAAGGUGCGGCACGUGGACUACGGCACGGUGGACACGGUGCGCGUGGCGGCGCUGCGGCCGCUGCGGCGCUGCUGGGCCGCGCUGCCGGCGCAGGCGGUGCGCGCGCGGCUGGCGGGCGCGCGGCCCUGCAGCGCGGGCCGCCGCUGGCCGCCGCCCGCCGCGCUGCACUUCCUGCGCCUGGUGCAGGACACGCGCUUCGUGGCCAACGUCGUGGCGCGGGACCUGCAGGAGGAGCUGCUGGAGGUGCUGCUCAUUGACACGUCCGCGGCCGACGACCGCUGCGUCAGCGCCGCGCUCGUGCGCGCCGGCCACGCCGACCCGCGCGCCGACUCCGCGCUGCGGACGGCGGAAUGCUACCUGUACCCGAGGUUCGAGGCGCUGGAAAACGCCGAUACCCCCAAUUUGGCCGAGAUCUGCGCCUACCUGCGCGACGGCAUCGCGCUCGACUACGUGGAAGCCUACCGGCGCCACGUGCCCAUGUGCCUGCCGCCACUCGCGCCCGCGCCCGCCCUCGCCCCCGCCCUCGCCCGCGCCCCCGCACCCGCCCGCGCUACCCCAAGCUCCGCCGCUUCCGCGAGCGCCGCACAAGUAACUUCGCCGGCCUUCUCCCCGCCUACCGCAUCCUCGUCUAACUCUUCCCCGCCUAACUCAUCCCCACCGACUUCAUCCCUAUCUACCUCAUCCCCGCCUGCCGCAUCCUCGCCUGACGCCUCCCCGCCUGCCGCUCCGUCGCCUGCAGCGCCCUCAAUUGUCUCGGCGACCACUGUACAGGUCUCCUCUCCCCCUCCCUCCCCGGUACCGGUCCGUGCGGCGACACCGACGCCCCCGCCUGCUUCGGCUUCGGGUUCCCCGCCGCCUGCGCCGCCAUCGGUGCUGCGUACUGGCAUUCCACUGCUGUGGCCCGAGCCCGGGCCGUUGCCGGCGCCUGGCUUCAGCUGGGGCGGCGGGGGCGGGGGCGGGGGCGGGGGCGCGGUGCUGAGCGUGGUGGAGUGCGCCACCUACAGCCGCCUAGCUAGCGUCAAUCCUGAGGCAGCGCGCUGGUACAUGGCGGGCGCGCUGGGUCGCGCGCUAGGCACACCCCCGCCCGCGCCCACGCCCGCGCCGUGGGCCGCACCCAUGCGCACGCCGUGGGCCGCACCCCCGCCCGUGCCCUGGGCACCCUGGGCACCGCCCGCGCCCUGGGCCACGCCGCCGCCCGCGCCGUGGGCCGCGCGACCGCCCGCGUGCGGCCCGCCGCCAUCGUUGCUGGGGCCGCCGCCCGGCUUCGGUGCCUAG